CCACUGAAGAGGAGGAGAUAGGAAGAAAGUGUUUACAAUCCUGGGCUUAAUAGGGUUUUACAUUUAACAAAGGUUAUAUAUUUGACAUUGUGAGAGUGCUGUUCCCCUUGCAAAGGAAGGGAAGGCACCAGGGACCAUGAGUGAGAAUGGCCCUCCAACGGAGGCGCCCAUGUACUUUGAGGUGGAGGUGGAUCACCUGGAGCGAGACGACGAAGAGGACGACGACAAGAUCCACUUCGACAAAGAUGAAGACCUGAAUACUGAACCUUCGUCCUCGUCUGGUCGUGUUUACGACCGUACCACAGUGCUCAUCGAGCGUGACCCCAUUCGACUGGACGAGGAGGGCGAAGAAGAGGGCCACUGUGGUGGGGACGAAGAUGGAGUCACUUUUCUAACGGAAGGGGAGGGCGAUGCAGAUGAGGAGGAGGGUCCUCUGGCCUUCAUGGCCGACCCCGACGGGAUGUCACAGGGUUAUGUGCACCACACAAUUUCUCCAGAUCAGAUCCAGUUCACAAUAAAUCCAGGCUCCACCCCAAUGCCACGCAACAUAGAGGGGGCUACACUCACCUUGCACUCAGAGUGCCCAGAAACUAAGCAGAGAGAGGUAAAGCGCUAUCAGUGCACAUUUGAAGGUUGCACAAGGACAUACAGCACAGCAGGAAAUCUGCGUACACACCAGAAAACACAUCGGGGCGAGUACACAUUUGUGUGUAAUCAGCAGGGCUGUGGAAAGGCCUUUCUCACUUCCUACAGUCUCAAAAUCCAUGUCCGUGUUCACACCAAGGAGAAGCCUUUUGAGUGUGACGUUCAAGGCUGUGAAAAGGCCUUUAACACACUGUACAGGCUAAAAGCACACCAGAGACUUCACACAGGCAAGACAUUCAACUGUGAAUCGGAGGGGUGCACAAAGUACUUUACCACACUCAGUGACCUGAGGAAGCACAUUCGCACACACACUGGGGAGAAGCCAUUUCGUUGCGAUCAUGAUGGCUGUGGGAAAGCCUUUGCUGCUAGUCAUCAUCUAAAAACACAUGUACGAACACACACAGGGGAGAAGCCAUUUAACUGUCCGAGCGACGGCUGUGAGAAGACUUUCAGCAGCCAGUACAGUUUGAAGAGUCACAUCCGAGGCCACGGCAAGGAACAGGCCUUUACCGUCACCCUCACCCAUCCUCACUCUGAAGAUGCAAAUCACUCGCUGUGCCUCAGUGACUUGAGUCUCAUCUCGACAGACUCCGAGCUACGAGAGAACAUCAACAAUACUCAAAACCUGGACCUCAACAAUGUGACCCCUGUGAAAAUCUUUGAACUCAUGUUCCAGAGUCCUGAAAAUAGCAUCAGCCAAGAUGAUGCAAACCCCAACAAGAGCCUUUCUGAACCUUUCAGCCUAGAAACCUCCACUCAAAGAGUGACGGAUGCCUCACCUAUCAUCUCUUUUUCUAUCAACCCUACCUCCUCAUCUUCCCGCAACGCUGCUGUCAUGGAGGCUUCGUGCCAUCACAAUGAGAACUCUUCCUCGCAGGUUUCCACUCCUGUUCCUGCCACCGUUACUGUCAGCUCCACACAGACUCCCUCUUUCAUGCAGCUAAGUGGGCCUCAGCAGAUCUCAGAUGUGCCUCAGGCUUCUGUCCAAGCACCGAACCACGCCCCCUCCCAGCACUUUGUGCCACUACCACCCACAUUCCUACAGUCAGAGACUCCAGCUCAGACCACUCCUCUACCAACACCCAUCCCUGUCCAUCCCCCAGUGGCUCCUGCACUGGCAACCACAGCUGUUACAGCUGCAACAACAGAUAGUCUAGCAGCUGUGGCACAACCUGUGCCUUUGGCCAAUAACCCUGUCACUAACACUGGCCCUGGUCUGGCUACCACCCCUGCCACUAUCACCAUAGCAUCAGCCCCAAACGUUUUGCAGCCUGGCCUUGUCAUGUCUGACCAGAACCUCCAGUGGAUCCUUAGCAGUGCUGCGAACAGCCAGCAGAACCCAGAGCAAGCAACACAUCAAGGAGCUCCAAAAGUGGAAAAGGUUUUUUUCACUACAGCCAUACCAGUAGGAGGAAAUGCUGGAAACCCAGUCCAACAGAUCGGCCUCAGUCUGCCAGUCAUCAUCAUCAAACAGGAGGAGUCCUGCCAGUGCCAGUGUGCCUGCAGGGAUUCUGCUAAAGACAAGAAAACAAAGAGCGCCUCCUCCAACAUUUCAGCCCCAACACAGCAGCAAACUUCAGAGCCCCCUCCCGCCCUCUCGUCYGAACUUCCCCAACAUUCAGCCACUUCGUCUUCUCCCUCUUGCUGCCUCCCCAAGUCUUCCUCCAARGUGGGAGAGGUAAGGCCAGAGCCCGGCUCUUCUUCUUGCUCCACCACACCUCUGCCUUUCUCCACUCUAGUGAGCGACACUGCCACCAACCCACCUCCAUCUGACGGCUUAGCCAGCAUGGACGUCUCAGACUUCCUGUCCAUGCAGAGCCCAGAAACAGCUGCCAACAUCGAGGCUCUUCUGCUGGUUGCAGACGAAUUCAACAUGACCACUGAUGGCAGCACUUAAAUUUGUUWCUUUCUGAGCCCGGUGCAACGUGUUGRUCUGUUCGGUCGACACUGCGCGUCACUCAAAGUAAUGCCUUAUUUUCACCUUACGAAGUGUGCAUGUUCCACUUGGUUCUUGCAGCGCAGUCUGCUUUGUGUCUCACUUUCCUCACAUUGAUAAAUAUAUCGAAAAAUACACAAAUAGGUACAAACUAUAAAUAUUUUUUUGUUGAGUCUCAUUGCUGUAGCUGAGUUUUUAGAAACCAGAUUAGUAMUGCUUAUUGAGAUUUAGCAGCUUUAAUGCUGUGAAACAGCAGAUGAUCCUAUAUGGAAAACAUGAUCUGUAUAUAUUAAUCAUAUUAACAUCCACUCUCAAUCAAAUAAAAUAGCGUGUUGUUCAAGCACUGAUAGUGUAAGGUUUCCUGUCUAAAAGGAUUAAGGAAAACAAAACCUUGUUUCUGUAUCCUUGUACUGUACCACAGGUCCUAAGAAAUAUUAAAGCUGGUUUGCAGCUGACUAGAAUGCACUGUAUGUUGCUAUAAUUUUCAGUCAAAUGUUGCUUCCAGCAGGAGUUUAAAGUGGUUGGCCACCCAACCCCUCAUUUGGCUGUUAUAUAGUUUGAGGUAUUUUUAAAGUAUUUUAUUUUUGUUGAAAAUUUUUGUAGUCAAAAAAUGUGAUUUUUUUUUUUCUUGCAUUUACUAAUGGAGAAAAGAGCCUGAGAUCAGAUCUACUCAUCUCUUUGAGUGGCAUUAUGUCAAUAAGUUGCCUCUAAUUUAAAAUAACUUAAAUUUGUAUAUGUUAAAUUAUUUAAAUGUUUGAUUUUAACAAUAUACUUAUACAUUUAUCUUCAAGAUAGAAAAAUAAUUUAUUCCAAUCUUAUAUUUUUGAUUAUUUUCUUGUUUUUUUGUAAGGUUACUGAUUUCUUAAACAUGUAUUGCUGAAAAAGACGUUUGGAAAAAAAAAAAGGUAUUUCUAGACAGCACAUUAAAGUAAAUGAUCAUCUAGGAUCAGUUGGUUUGUAAGAGUGGUCCAAUAGUAAACAGCUACUGUCAACAUCCCAUGGUUUUCAGGGUCGUGACCCUCUCAGGGAUGCAUCAAGUCAUAACUGAUCCCAUUUCCUUUAGUUUGUUACCCAGACAUUUACCAGAAGGCCCUCACUUGCAGUAGCCCUACAUUUUUGCUGCACUCUUCCCUAUUUUUUGCACAGCGUCUUGUAAAGAGAGUAAUUUAACAGCUUGUUUAGAGAUGCGACACCACUGCAGACAUUUUGUAUACAACUGCUGUCUAGUAGCAUUUGAAAGAGGGUGUCCUAGAGAUUGUAAAUACAGUGCAUUUAGUGUAAACACCUUUGAGAAACUUGUAGAUUCCAGGAUUUGUAUUUUUGUAUAGAAUUUUGAAUUAACUAACUCAGAGUUUGGAGUCUAUAUACCCCUCAUCCUUGCAUUCUUCUGUCAUAUUUAUGUAGAGCAGUUUAUCUUUUGCUGUUUAUUGGUAUUGUUCUUUGAGCAUGCGGGCUUCUGUACAGUCUGCACUCUAACAACAUUAUGUAACAUACAGAGUAUAAUUUAACAGUAUUCUUUCACAUGGGACACAAUGCAAUGAUGACAGAAAAGGCAUCAUCUCCUGUAGAUUAACGUGUUGAAGCCUCUUGGCCUUACAACAUUAACUGCUCUGUAAGCCUCCUUGCCUUGAACAUCACUCCUGACAUGAACAUGUUGAUUCUCAUUUUCACUGAUCCCCAGCAGCAGAAAUUAGAGAUGAAACUGUGGGGUUCGCUCUGGUUUUACGUGGUCUGACUUCCAGAUCAACUGCAAAUCACAACAGAGUUUGAUUUCCAGGUUAUUUGAUGAGUUAAAAUUAUUGAAGAAACUAGAUUCUAGUCCAUUUUGGAAUUCAUUGGAAAAUAUAUUUCACCUGUUUGGCCGGGGCCAAGAAAUCAGUUGUUCCUGAUGACCAUAAGAACAUGUUUUUGGACUGUGCAAAAGUUUUAAGUAUUUACAAAGACAUGUUUUCUUUUAAUUUUAUUUUUAAAGUGGUCUUGAAAAUCAGUUUAGGCUCCCUGAAGGUGUUCAAAGUAUUUCUUUUAAUCAAUUUACUGCAUUACAUCAUUUKUGUCCAAUAGCCUUUUAGGGAUUGUAUUUAGCAAAAUAUGAUUCUAUGGCYAUUAUGCUUUUUUUAUAAUUUUUUUGUGAAAGCGAUUUAAGAAAGGAGGAAGUGCUGGUAACAAAGUGCCUGAAGAUAAAAUUGUCACAUUUUAAAAUUGACCACUUCAUCCCUUGAAUUUGUGCUUUUUAAUACUUGAAAGGGACUUUAGUCAAUAUAAGGUUGGUUAACAAAACCAUUUUCUUCAGUCAAGUAUAAGAAUUGGACUGAAAUGAAUGUGAAAACAGUAAAACUCUCGGGGAGCAUUAAAAACUAUUGGUCAAGACCACAAGUCUAUAUUAAAAAAAAAGAUAGCUCAGACUUUUGCACAGUUCUAUAAUUUUGUGAUUGAAAUAAUUUCCAGUAUGUGAAGAUGUUUAAAUUUAAAUGUGACCCAAGUGGAUUAUUAAGACACUAAAAACUAUGGAAGGGAAGUAAUUCAUACAUUGGUCUCUUAUAGUCAAUAUAUUCAUCUAUGCAAUUUAAAGUGGAAGUCAAAGACAAGUUACUUCAGCUUUCCCUCUGAUCUAAACUCAUUUACUGAAACCCAGUAAAGGUUUUUUUUAAUGUCACCAUAUUUAGUACACUGCUUGAACUCUACUGCAGUGAUAAAUCCUGACAUGAUGAACGUGGUGCAAAUCUGGACUCAAGGAGCGUUCAGUUGAGUUUUUGCCUGCGAGUGUUGCACCACAGCUCUCCUAAAUGCAAAUUUCACUUCUGUGGCAACUUGUUCAAAACAAACUGGGUUUAUUUGACAAGUCUUUAGAGAAUGGUUCUGUUUUAAGAAUUCUUGUUUUAAGUGUACACAGAUUUUGUAAGCAAGCACAUUUAUUUGGAUUUACUCCCAUUUAUGGUAUUGUUGCAGCUCUUUGUGCAUUUGUGGAUCAUUUGUCUUUUUUUUUUUUUUUUUUUCCUUCUGUGAAAGUGAACAUUAUGGCUGCCAAUAUUUCAUUAUUAAUCAGAGAGAUGGUCUUUAACUCAGCCCAGGUUUGUCUGUCUGAUAAUGUAAUAAUAGUAUUUCACAGAUUGGGACUCAUUCGGAAGCAGGUAAAAAAAAAAAACAGUUUUUUUAACGACCUUUGAUAAAUAUAGGAAAGUAUGCUUCCCAUGAAAUGUCCAAACACCCAAAGAGUGAGGAAAUGUUAGGGAUUUGUAUUUUUAAAAGAAUGUAUAAUGUGAAGAUAUUUGCUUAUGCUUUUUUUGUACAAAGUGAUAAUAAAUAACUUUAUGAAUUGAAAGCAAUAUAAUCCUAAUAAAACGUUGUCACUGAAA